AUGACUCGAUUUUUACUUAGUUGGGCUGAAAUAUCAUUACGAGAAACAUUAGAAAUAAAUGAUCAUCGUUUAAAAGAAGAAGUCGAAAUAUUAUUAGAUCAAUUUUGGAAUUUAUACGAACGAGAAGUAAAAAGAACUUUCAGAUCAAUUCGACUUAUAUUGCUUUUAUACCUAUGUAGUAUUCAGGGUGGUCCAUAAGUAACGAAACAAAGUAUUUUUAAGAUUUCUCCUCUAUUAUCUCUGGGAUUAAAACACUUUUACUAUGAAAAGAUAGUGCUUGAAAUUCUCUACAAAACCUUAUGUGACUAAGUCCAAACACUGUUUUAAAUAUGUUUAAAAAAAGAUGAAGAGUAAAGGCAUAGUUAAAGAUGCAUACAGUAACGGGUUGAGUAUAAUGAAUGGCCGCGCUUUGCUUCCCAUUUGUUAAUCCCUCUACUCUUUUAAAGAACAAAAGAUGCAGCAUGAAAAGCGCUACAAUUUACAUAAGACAGCUUAUUUUAUAGUUGCAUUUUUGUUUUCGAAAUGGACAAAAUUUUUAGCGAUGAAAUUUCGUCCAUGAGAAAAUGAUAUAUUUUUUGGUACAUGAUGAAUUCAUUUUUUCUAAUUUCGUCCUGAUAUUAUCUAAUAAGUUUUAUUUAAAAAAAUAAAAUGCACAAUAAGAUGCAGCGUGAAAACCUCUACAAUUUACGAAGAACAAUUAUAAAAAGAUGAAAUAGAAAGAAUCAAUCCAUCUUGUACCAAAAAAAGAUAUCGUUUUCGCAAGGUCGAAAUUUCUUCGCUCAAAGUUUUAUUCAUUUUGAACACAAAAAGUGAAAUUAUAAAAUAAGGGAUCUUAUGUAAAUUGUGGAGCUUUUCAUACCGCAUCUUUUGAUAUCUUUUGUUUUCUUAAUAGAGCGAAGUGAUUGAUAAAAAAAUGGGAUGCAAAGCGUGGUCAUUCAUUAUGCUCAACCCGCUACUUUUUACAACUUUGUGUAUGUCUUUACUUUUCAUCUUUUUUUAAAUAUAUUUAAAACAGUUUUUGGGCUUAGUCAAUUAUGGUUUUGAAGAGAAUUUCAAGCGCUAUCUUUUCAUAAUAAAAGUGUUUUAAUCACAGAGAUAAUAGAGGAGAAAUCUUGAAAAUACUUUGUUACCUGACUUAUGGGCCACCCUGUUAAAAAAAGAUUUGAUAUAAUUACUAAUUUUUUAAUAUUAAGAAAAAAUAAUUAAGGCAUAUGGCCAAAUAUUGUAGAAUUUUCUUUUUCUUUCACAUUGUCACAUCUAUAUCUGCUCAACGACUUUUUUCUUAGCCAGAGCUAAAUUAUUCCAAAAAUAAUGACCGUUACGAAAUUUCAAAAAAAUGAAAUCUUUUUUGAGGGUGAUAUGAAAGUUGAGCAUUUUACUACGAGUUGAAGUGACAUAUAAAUAACUAUCUUACGUACACUACAAGCUAUUAUAAUAUCACGCUGUUUACUAACAGCUAUGAUUUCAUGGAAUAAAAAAAAACUAAAAACACUGUUCGUUACGAAAUUUCACCUUUUUCAGGUUUCAAAGUCGAAGAUUUGAAAAUCUGAAAUUUUUUCACUGUCAUGAUAAAAAUAUAUCUUUUCCCUUAUUUACGAGUAGUUCUAUCGUUCAAGUAAUCAAGUUUUGUUCUCACAAUGAAUGCAAAUUGGAAUUAGUGAAUAUCAUUCAGACCAAAAAAAAUACAAUUUAACAAGAUUUUAAAUCAUCCAAAUUUACUUUAUAUAUAAACGGUGAAAGAAAAAUGGGGACUAUGUCACCCAUAACUUGUAAAAUGUUCGUUAAUUCGUCGAUUGCAGAAACAAUUUUCUAUCACUUUUGUAAUUUCAAACACUCGAAUGGAAAUGUGACUGUUGGCUGACUGCACCCUGUGGUGGUGACAUCCCUGAAUAAACACAAAAUAUAAAAAGAAAAUUUUUUUAAAAUAAUAUCGAUCAUAUGUUGUUUUAAGGCCCCCCCCUCCCCCCUCAAAAGUCUAUUUUAGCCUAGGAACG